CAUUUGGCAUUUGAGUUCAGAUACAAAGGAGCAUAGAGUCAGUGCACGGGAAAAAUCCAGAAGCUGGGCUUUAUCAUUUCAAAACGGGAUGCUACCUCAUUCCUCAGUCUGAGGAACUUGCCACACUGUGAUUUUAAUGUAAACCGACGUGCUCUUCCGAGAUCUUUUGAUUGCUUGUCGAGGUUUCCUUUCCCCAAGACACUAGAAAAAUGGGAGGCAAGCUGAGCAAGAAGAAGAAGGGGUAUAGUGUGAACGACGAGAAGUCUAAAGACAAGGACAAGAAGGCUGAAGGGGCAGCAGCAGAGGAAGGAGAGGCACAGAAAGACAACAAGGAGGAGACCCCGGCAGCAGCCGCAGAUGCCAGUGAAGGAAAGGCCGAAAAGACUGAGAACGAUUCUCAGCCUGUUGCCAACCAGAAUGCUACCAAGGAGGAAAGCAAAGAGGCAGACGUUAAGGAGGAACCUUCCAAACCUGAGGCCGACAAGACGGCUGCAAACGCUGAGGCUCCCAGAAGUACAGAGCCUCCUGCAGCUAAGCAAGAAGAGCAGGCUAAAGCCCCUGCGGCAGCACCUCCUGCGAAGGAAGACCGUGCAGCUUCAGAGCCAAGCGCCGAGGUGAAGGCCCAAGCUCCUGCACCACCUGUGACAGAAAGCAAAGCCGAUGACAAGAGCACCAGCAAGGAUGAGGCCCAGGCCAAGAAGCCUGAGGCCCCAGCUGCUCCAGUAUCCCAGGAGGUUAAAAGCGAGGCAGCCCCAGCUCAAGAGUCUAAGCCAACGGACACGGCUCCUGCUGCUGCCUCUGCCCCCACUCCCAAGGAGGCCCCCGCCAAUGAAGUAGCACCUAGUUCUACCCCUGCAGCUAUUGAGAGCGUGGCUCCAGCACAAGAGGCCCCCAUUGCCAACCAAGAUCAAACCGUAGCAAUUCAAGAUUAAAAGACAGCCUCUUUUAAAAAAAAUAAAAAUAAAAAAUAAAAACAAAUAUACAAACAACCCCACCUGCAUUUUUUUUCUUCUGCUGUACUAACAAACUUGAUCAAAAAUUAAUUUGAACCCUUCUGUGUACACGUCCAACGGGAAAUCCCUUCAGCACUCCGCCAGGAAAAUUCCUUCAGUACUUACAAGCAGUCAUUGGAGUUUGAUUUUUAUUUUUGAUUUUUAUUUUUUCCUUCCACAUUUAUUUCUGGACUCUCAUACUGCAGAUGUCUGAAAAUGAAAACAGAAGGGGUAGAAGCUACUAACAAAUCGUAUAUAUGCACUCUGCCAGUCCCACCUCACCCCUUAUGGGUGCUAUAUUUUUUUCGACUCUGCCGGUUGGGUCAGUGCUAAGGCAAUCAGUUCUUGUGGGUUUAUUUUGUGUUGUGUUACUAAAAAAAUUUUUUUAAUGAUUUUGCCUGUUUGCAAUAGGCAUUAACAGUCACGUUCCAAGAUAAAGUAACAAAAUGAAAGUCCACCUAUUCAGUGCCAAUCUGAUAGCAAGUAUUUUCUCUUUAUUCCUCCCUGUCACUGUGUUUUUCUUUCCUCUUUUAGUUUUGGGUCUUUUAGUUACUUGGGACUGACAUAUCUAUCAUAUUUAGUCCUUCUAUUUAGAUUAUCUCUCUCCCUCUUUCUCUCCUUCUCUCUGCCUCUGACUAUUUCUUUUCCUAUCUUUCUCUUCCUUCUCUUUCUUUCUUUCUUGACAAGUUAAUGCAUGUCUGUGGUUGGGUGCACCUGUAGUUCUGUCUUCGGUCAAGUGGAAAUGGAAAAUAAAAGUCUGCAUUCAUUGCAAUUCCAGUCUCUCUUCCAUUCUGUGUCACUGACACCUUCACACCACUCAUUGAUUCAAAUAAUAAAAAAAGAGAAUUGUAACAUGGAUGCAUUAAAAUUCUAUGUAAUUGUAUAAAUGGUGCAACAGUAAUAAAAAUGUAAGUAAUGAACAAA